GGUACACGCAAGCCUCCAUCUUGGGCAUCCCGAGCUGAGGCGAAAGGGCAGCAGCCAUAUACACACACUGAUUCCAAAAUAACAACAAACCGGGCGCGGAAAUAAAAAAAAUUGGCAAUUUGCCGAGAUGUAACUUUUCUCCGGCCCCUGAAACCCAUUCAACAAAUUGCUUCAGUGAGGGGAGCGGACAACAGAAUGGGAAAGAAAGACGGCGACUGGUCUGGAAGGCUCUGUUAACGACUACUUGCACACUCAGCUUUACUCGGUGUAGUUUUCUAAGGAAUUGACAGGUGCCAAAGCCGAACGGCUCAACUCGCACCAGAAUGGGCAUUAAGAAGCUCGCCAUCUUUCUCCUUGUGCUCUCUCUUUGUCUGGAGGGAGGAUCUGCCAAAGAAAAAGGAACAAAGAAGGGAAAGAAAAAAGGGAAGCAGGUUUACUGUCCAUCACAGCUGUCAUCUGAGGAUCUGGCCCGAGUCCCUGAAAAUUCAACCAGUAACAUCUUGAACAGGUUACUGAUCACCUAUGAUCCCAGAAUAAGGCCCAACUUCAAAGGUAUCCCUGUGGAAGACAGAGUGAACAUUUUCAUCAACAGUUUUGGCUCCAUCCAAGAAACCACCAUGGAUUACAGAGUCAACAUCUUCCUGCGGCAGCGCUGGAAUGACCCCAGGCUGAAGCUACCGCAAGACUUCAAGUCCGAUUCUCUCACCGUUGAUCCCAAGAUGUUCAAAUGUCUCUGGAAGCCUGACUUGUUCUUCGCUAACGAGAAGAGCGCCAACUUUCACGACGUCACCCAGGAGAACAUCCUCCUCUUCAUUUUCCGGAAUGGAGACGUCCUCAUCAGUAUGAGGUUGUCCGUCACCCUUUCUUGUCCGCUGGAUCUGACAUUAUUCCCUAUGGAUACACAGAGGUGUAAAAUGCAACUUGAAAGCUUUGGCUACACCACAGAUGACCUGCAGUUCAUGUGGCAGACAGGAGACCCAGUGCAAAUGGACGCCAUCGCUUUGCCACAGUUUGAUAUCAGACAAGAAGAUAUUGAUUAUGGGAACUGCACCAAAUUUUAUGCAGGAACAGGGUACUACACUUGUGUUGAGGUUAUCUUCACCCUAAGGCGACAGGUUGGCUUCUACAUGAUGGGUGUUUACGCCCCCACGCUGCUCAUCGUAGUCCUCUCCUGGCUGUCCUUCUGGAUCAACCCUGAUGCGAGUGCUGCCAGGGUCCCUUUGGGCAUCCUCUCUGUGCUCUCUCUGUCCUCUGAGUGCACCUCCCUGGCUUCGGAGCUGCCCAAAGUGUCCUAUGUCAAGGCCAUCGAUAUCUGGCUCAUCGCUUGCCUGCUGUUUGGUUUCGCCUCGCUGGUGGAGUACGCUGUGGUUCAAGUGAUGCUUAACAGUCCGAAGCGCAUCGAGGCCGAGAAGGCCAAGAUGGCAACCAAGGAAAAGGCUGCAGGAAAGAGCCCCGCUGCCAGGAACAACACGGUCAAUGGGACCGGAGGGACGCCGCUUCAUGUCAGCACCUUACAUGUGGCAGAGACUCGUUGUAAGAAGGUGUGCACCUCUAAAUCAGACCUGCGGACCAACGACUUCAGCAUCGUGGGCUCACUCCCGCGGGACUUUGAGCUGUCGAACUUUGACUGCUACGGGAAGCCGAUUAAUACCGGCGCUGGUGCCGGCAAAUCCCAGUCGAAGAACAACAAGAAACCUCCUCCCCCAAAACCAGUCAUCCCCUCUGCUGCCAAAAGAGUUGACCUGUACGCCCGAGCCCUCUUCCCUUUCACCUUCCUCUUCUUUAAUGUGAUUUACUGGUCCACAUACUUGUGAUUAUCUUGAAAUUAUCUUGUAUUAUUAACACCCCCACUUCACUCACUUGAGUUCUUUAUUGAUCUAAAUACAGUCAAAAUGUUUUAUUCCAAAGUGAACUUUGAGAAAUGCCAAUCAAAAUGAUUGCUGAGAAGAAAUGAAACUAUUUAUUGUUAAUAUUGCAUUUAUCUUUACAUAAAAAUAUCCAACUACCAUCAUUUGUGUAUUAAAAUGAUUAAAACCUAAUUUCUAUUUACUUAAAAUGGAUACUAUCGCAUCUUGUAUUAAAAAACUUUAUUUAUUGAUAAUGGUACUUGAGAGGCUAAUACAGGAUUGCAGAUAUAACUGUUGUCAUGAAUGUUGUGUAAACAAAUCCACUAAGAUUGAUUGCGUAACGACCGAGCAGAAGAUGCACAGAUCUAUAAAAGAGCAUUUGUAAAUAGCUAUUCGAUUUUUUUGCCUUUGCCAAAUGGGAGUCUGCCCACAGAGUUUAAUAAGUUUAAGCCUUUUAUUUAAGCUUCAAUGCAAAGUGUAACAUUAUAAUUACCUUGCAUGUUAAAAAAAGUUGCAUGUAUAUGAAGAUAAAAUCUACGUCUAUAUAUAUACAUAAAGUAUUUAUUAAAUUUUAUUAUUCUUAUGAUUUGCUCUUGAGAAGAUACGUGGAUAUGUGAAACACUCUCUUCCUGUCCAGAUGGUCACGUGACACUGCCACUCCUUCACCUAAUGUAAUGUUUGACAUCUCCCACCUGUUGUGUGUGUAAAUGGGUCACUAGUAAGCUGUGGCCAUGUGUUGUAUGGAAUUUACAAAGACAAAUAAAUGACUUUUCACCAUUUGCUGUGA